AUGAUGUUCGAAUUAUUUUAUUUUAUCAUUACAAGUUUAAUAACUGUGCUCGUCGCGUCCUACAUAUUAAUAAUAUUCAAAUGCACACGAAAAGUGAUUGUACAAAUUGUACAUUCAAAUGAGGAAAAUGUUAAACGUGAAUUCGUUCAGGCACCUGGUCCACAUCCUUGGCCCAUACUCGGAAACUUGGAUAUAAUUGGCCGUUUUGACAAUCCCUUCAAGGGCUUUGGAACAUUAGCCAAUCAUUAUGGCGACAUUUACUCCUUAACUUUUGGUCACACACGCUGCCUUGUGGUUAACAACCUGGAGUUAAUACGAGAGGUCCUUAACAAGAAUGGGAAAUUCUUUGGCGGUCGCCCGGACUUUCUACGCUACCACAAGCUGUUUGGAGGUGACCGUAACAACUCUCUAGCUCUGUGCGAUUGGUCGCAGCUGCAGCAAAAACGCCGCAACUUGGCGAGGCGCCACUGCUCUCCGCGAGAAUCGUCCUCUUAUUUCACCAAGAUGUCAGGUAUUGGCUGUGAUGAGAUUGACAUUUUGAUGGAAGAGCUGAAAAAAGUUAUUAUACCCGGACAGUCGCUCGAUUUGAAGCCAGUUUUGAACGCAGCAUGCGCAAAUAUGUUUAGCGAAUAUAUGUGUUCAAUGCGAUUUGAUUAUGCCGAUAAGGAAUUUCAACAGAUUGUACAGUUUUUUGACGAAAUUUUUUGGGAAAUUAACCAAGGACAUCCAUUGGACUUCCUGCCAUGGCUGUUACCCUUUUACAAGCAACACACGAAUCGCAUUGCGUAUUGGUCGACAACAAUACGUAAAUUUAUUCUGGAGCGUGUUCUUAACCAAAGGGAGCUGAAUAUUGAUCCUGAGGAGCCGGACAACGAUUUCACGGAUGCACUACUGAAAAGUUUGAUAGAAAACAAAAAUAUGUGCCGUAAUACAAUUAUCUUUAUGCUGGAAGACUUUAUCGGUGGCCAUUCAGCUGUUGGGAAUUUGAUAAUGCUGGCUCUUGCCUAUAUAGCCAAGGAUCCAGUUAUUGGUAGAAAUAUUCAAUGCGAAGCAGAUGUUAUCUCAAAUAAUGGAAAGCGAAAUAUUACUUUGGCAGACAUGGAAGAAAUGCCCUACACCAUGGCCACAAUAUUCGAAGUUCUGCGCUAUUCAUCAUCUCCCAUUGUGCCACAUGUGGCUACCGAGGAUUCGGUUAUUUCGGGAUUCGGAGUGACUAAGGGCACAAUUGUGUUUAUAAAUAACUAUGUGCUAAACAUGAGCCAGGAAAGUUGGAGGAAUCCCAAUCACUUUUGUCCAGAACGAAAAUCUGAUGCGAGCAAUCAACUGAAUGAUGAGCUACCAAAGUUGCGACUGAGAAAGAAUCUUCCACAUUUUCUACCGUUUAGUAUAGGAAAACGUACUUGCAUUGGACAAAAUUUAGUACGAGGCUUUGGUUUUAUAUUGCUGUCUAAUAUAUUGUUGCGUUAUAAUAUAAGCAGUCCAGACAUUUCAACGAUUAAGAUAAAUUCGGCCAGCUUAGCGUUGCCCGCAAAUUGCUUUUCACUCGUAUUAACAGAAAGAAUUUAA